AUGGCUAGUUCCUUCUCCCAAUUAUUCUCUGCCCGCCCAGGACUCAGGCUUCUUGCUGUGGCCGGCGCAGGGUCUCUGGCUGCUGGGUAUCUGCUCUGCCCAGACCCACUACGAGCCGCUGGCAAUCGAAGAAGGCUGUACCCACCCAGUGCAGAGUACCCUGACCUUCGAAAACAUAACAACUGCAUGGCUAGUCACCUGACUCCAGCUGUUUAUGCCCGGCUCUGCGACAAGACCACGCCCACAGGAUGGACACUAGACCAGUGUAUCCAGACUGGUGUGGACAGUCCUGGUCACCCUUUCAUCAAGACUGUGGGCAUGGUAGCUGGAGAUGAAGAGACCUAUGAGGUAUUUGCUGAGCUUUUUGACCCUGUGAUCCAAGAAAGACAUAACGGCUAUGAUCCCCGAACAAUGAACCAUACCACAGACUUGGAUGCCAGCAAGAUUCGAGCAGGCCACUUUGAUGAGAGGUAUGUAUUAUCCUCAAGAGUUCGGACUGGCUGAAGCACCAGGGGACUCAGUCUACCCCCUGCCUGUACAAGGGCUGAGCAACGGGAAGUGGAACAAGUUGUAGUGGAAGCACUGAGUGGCCUGCAGGGUGACCUGGCUGGACGAUAUUACCGGCUCAGUGAGAUGACUGAGGCUGAGCAACAGCAGCUUAUUGAUGACCACUUCCUAUUUGACAAGCCUGUGUCUCCCUUGCUGACAGCAGCAGGAAUGGCCCGAGACUGGCCAGAUGCUCGAGGAAUAUGGCAGAACAAUGGAAAAAGCUUCUUGAUCUGGGUAAAUGAGGAGGAUCACACACGGGUCAUCUCAAUGGAAAAGGGUGGCAACAUGAAAAGAGUGUUCGAGAGAUUCUGCCGGGGGCUCAAGGAGGUGGAACGUCUAAUCCAAGAACGUGGCUGGGAGUUCAUGUGGAAUGAGCGUUUGGGUUACAUCCUGACUUGCCCUUCUAAUUUGGGAACUGGACUUUGAGCAGGCGUACAUGUCAAACUGCCCCUGUUAAGCAAGGACAGUCGAUUCGCCAAGAUCUUAGAGAACCUAAGGCUACAAAAACAUGGAACUGGUGGGGUGGACACAGCAGCCACAGGCAGCACUUUUGACAUUUCCAACUUGGAUCAGCUAGGCAAAUCAGAGGUGGAGCUGGUGCAGCUUGUCAUUGAUGGGGUCAACUACCUGAUUGACUGUGAGCAGCGGCUAGAGAGAGGACAAGACAUCCGUGUGCCUGCACCCAUUGUCAACACCAAGAAUUAACUUUCCAA